UCUCACGCACCCGCGCCUUCUUAUUCUUAAACCACACCACACCACACCACACGAGCGGAGUGACGAGAGCGCGCGAGCGAGUCGACGGGCGAACAUGGCCGCCUCUUCCUCGCUCCCCGCGGCCGUCCCGGCGCUGCUGCUGGCGCUCCUCCUCGCGGCGUUCGCGCCGGAGCUGGCCGCAGCGGCCUCCUCCAGGCGCCCCACCCACCAGCCCCCUCCUUUCCCCGCGGGACUCGCUCCCCUGCAUCAGCGGCGGGCUGCGAGCUCGAGCGGCAGGUACGCCGCCUCCGCCGCGGCGGCGACGGACAACGGCACGGCGAAGCCGUUCACGGCGCACUACUUCCAGCAGGAGCUGGACCACUUCACCUUCACGCCCAACGCCUCCCGCCUCUUCUCCCACAAGUACCUCCUCAACGACACCUUCUGGCGGCGGAAGCCCGCCGCCGGCCCGCUGUUCGUGUACACCGGCAACGAGGGCGACAUCGAGUGGUUCACCACCAACACGGGCUUCAUGUUCGACAUCGCGCCCGAGUUCGGCGCCCUCCUCGUCUUCAUCGAGCAUCGGUUCUACGGGGAGUCGAAGCCGUUCGGGAACGACUCGUACAAGUCGGCCGACACGCUGGGCUACCUGACGUCCACGCAGGCGCUAGCCGACUUCGCCGUCCUCAUCACCAGCCUCAAGCAGAACCUCUCCGCCGUCGACGCCCCCGUCGUCGUCUUCGGCGGCUCCUACGGCGGCAUGCUGGCAUCAUGGUUCAGGCUCAAGUACCCCCACGUCGCCAUGGGAGCCCUGGCGUCCUCUGCACCGAUCCUGCAGUUCGACGACAUCACCCCGUGGUCUAGCUUCUACGACGCCGUCUCGCAGGACUUCAAGUCCGAGAGCCUGAACUGCUUCAGUGUCAUCAAGGCGGUCUGGGACGUGCUCGAUUACAGGGGAUCCAACGACUCAGGGCUCCUGGAGCUCAGCAAAACCUUCAGGGCCUGCAAGACCGUGCGCUUCCCUAGUUCACUGUCCAACUGGCUAUGGACGGCAUUCACAUACACAGCCAUGGUGGACUAUCCAACUCCAGCCAAUUUCAUGAUGAAUCUGCCUGCUUACCCUGUCAAAGAGAUGUGCAAGAUCAUUGAUUCUUUUCCCGUGGGAGCAGACGUCGUCGAAAAAGCUUUCACGGCAGCGAGCCUGUACUACAAUUACACAGGCGACCAGAAGUGCUUCGAGAUGGAAGGUGGGGAUGACCCCCAUGGCCUCAGCGGCUGGGGCUGGCAGGCCUGCACAGAGAUGGUCAUGCCAAUGACGGUGUCGAAUGAGAGCAUGUUUCCGCCAUCCGGCUUCAGCUACGAAGAGAAGUCCGAGGGCUGCUUUGCCAGCUAUGAGGUUCGCCCGAGGAUGAACUGGAUCACUACUGAAUAUGGUGGCCAUAAAAUUGACAAAGUUCUCAAGAGGUUUGGGAGCAACAUCAUCUUCUCCAACGGGAUGCGAGACCCGUGGAGUCGAGGGGGGGUUCUCAAGAACAUAUCAUCCAGCAUCAUUGCUCUUGUCACAGAGAAAGGGGCCCAUCAUUUGGACUUCAGAUCUGCAACCAAGGAUGACCCAGACUGGGUUGUAGAACAAAGGAGACAGGAAGUUGAGAUCAUACAUGGAUGGAUAGAUCAGUAUAACAAGGACAUUGCACAGAUGUAGCAGUAAGAAGGUGCCAUUGAUUUCACAGUUGAGGAAAAUAAAUAUGUGGCUACUUGCAAAAAUAUAAGGAUUUGCCUUUCUUUUACAAGGCAAUGGGUGCAAAAAUUAAAAUAACAUAUUAGUGCAACAGCAAA